GCUUCCAUAAAUAAUAUUACACAUUCUUCUAUAAUAUUAUACCGUAUUUUAUGGGAAGCAUGCAUGCCUCAUAACUAGCUACCAUAUCCCCCUGCCUGUUCUCAGCUUUACACUUUCUUUUCCCACAAGCAGCUAACUUCUCACUGGCAAUGGAUCGUUUCCCUGAAAACCCUAAUCUUAACCCUAAUUACACACACCUACCCGAGAUUGCUGCUGAUCCUUUGUCUUGGGAUUUCGAAUUGUGGGAGUAUCUGAAUAUGCUUGAUGGUGGUGCUGACCAAGACUCGACGUCCCAGCAAAGAAUAGCAUCAUCGGAAAAGAUCAUGGACGCCUCAUCUGCCGGAUCCAUUGGUGCAACAUCGAGAAAUAACGACAUAAGAUGCCAAAUUAUUGGGGUGAAGAAAAGUAAGAUGGAUGCUGGUCAUAGGGUUGCAUUUAGAACCCAAUCAGAGCUGGAUGUGAUGGAUGAUGGAUUUAAGUGGAGGAAGUACGGAAAGAAAUCUGUCAAGAACAGCCCAAACCCAAGGAACUACUACAAAUGUUCAAGCGGAGGAUGCAACGUGAAGAAGAGGGUGGAGAGGGACGGAGAAGACGCUAGCUACGUGAUAACAACGUACGAGGGAGUGCACAACCAUGAAAGUCCUUGUGUUGUCUAUUAUAACCAGACCCCUCUUAUGGUUCCUACUGGUUGGACUUUACAAGCUAAUUCCUCCCACUCUUCUUCUUCCUCCUGAAUACCCCCAAAAAAAAACCCUUCUUGGCCUUAAUUUAUAUAAUAUUAAUCUUAUAUAUAUAUAGUCCAAAUAAUAUAUAUGUUCUAUGGAGAACCAAAAAGAUCGAGACGGCCGAGGCCAGAGUACAAUGACACUUCUUUCUGUGUACCUCCUGAUGGUCAUGUUGGCAGACAAUUAUUAAAGUGGCUGGGAAAUCGAACUGCUAUUUUGUCGGCAUUCGCUUGUCCACAUAUGGGCUUCAAUCUUUUAUGAAUGGGCCCUAGUACACAACUGAAUAUGUAAUGCUACUCUUAGCCGGAUUAUUAAGGCUUGGGUUUAUUUUUGAA